AUGUCGCAGUCAUUGAACAUUGCUGUUGUCGGCCUCGGUCGCAUGGGUGUGCGACAUGUCAAGACUCUCCUUUACCGGGUUCCGCACGCUCGAGUGGUAGCCGUGUGCAGCAUCAUGGACCACGAAGUUAAAUGGGCCGAGGAGAACGAGGAAUACAAAACCUUUGGCAUCUCGGUGUACAACAAUUACGGCGAGAUGCUGAACCACCCCGGACUUCAAGCAGUUUGGGUCUCAACCAGCACCGAUGUGCAUGCAAGCCAAUCGCUUGCUGCUAUCGCCAAGAAUCUUCACGUCCUGUGCGAAAAGCCUCUGAGCACCGACAUGGCCGAGGCACAAUCUGUGGUUGAUGCUGCCAAACAGAAGCCGCACUUGAAGGUCAUGGCUGGAUUCUCUCGCCGCUUCGACGCAUCCUACCGCGAUGCUGCCUCCAAGAUCCUGACCGACAAUGCCAUUGGCGAGCCCUUCAUGGUACGAUCCAACACGUGCGAUCUUCGAGACGAGACUGGUUUCUUUGUACGAUAUGCUGCCCGAAACGGUGGCAUCUUCGUCGACUGCGCUAUUCACGACAUCGACUUGUCGCUUUGGUACCUGGGUAACCCUCUACCCAAAGCCUGCUGGGCAGUUGGCACGCUGCAACACCAUCCCGAGCUCAAGGAGCUGAACGAUGUAGACAAUGCCGUUGGCGUCGUCGAGUUCUGGGGGGGAAAGAUUGCAUACUUCUACUGCUCGCGAACGCAAGCCCACGGCCACGACGUGUGCACUGAAAUCACGGGCAAGACCGGAAAGGUCAUGGUCAACGUCAUCCCCAAAGCCAACAACGUCGUCAUCGCCGACAAGCUAGGCAUGCGCCACGAGGUGCAGCCCGAGUACUGGCAGAGAUUCGAGGACGCAUUUGCCCUAGAGGCCAAUGAGUUUACCGAUAGUGUGCUCAGUGACAAGCCUGUGCCGCUCCCGAUGGAGGGUGGGUUGAUGGUUAUGCAUAUUGGACGGGCGCUUCAGGAUGCUCUGCUAUCGGGCGAGGUUGUCAAGUUUAACGAGAAGGGAGAGCGCAUUUGA